AUGGGGAAGAUGAUUGUGGACAUAUCUCCUUUAACUCCGAGUUCCACCGGGGCUUCCACUACGACCCAGCCUAAGUCCAUCACACCGGCCAAAACCGACAUGAGCGGCCAUCUCGCACGAGACCAGCGCCAGAGUGCUCACGACGAGAUCAUGGCCAUCAUGACGAGGAAACUUGACAUCAAGACCCAUGAGAUUCGAACCAAGAAUAGUACUCCUCUUACCAUCACGGAUAGUACCCCUCCUACUCCAACUUCUGGUACUACGACUCAACCCGCAUCCGAACCGGCGGGAGAGUCUGGGCAGACGGAGUAUAGGCCAGAACUGAUGUCACUGUUGGACUGGUUCAUGAAGAAUAAGGAGGAAAUAGGGAACAAAAAUGUCCCUGGGGGAAGUAGAGGGAGUGGUUAG